CUCCGUUCUCGCGGCAGUCUGACGCCGGUCGCGCAGUCAGCAUGGUUGGAUUUUCACGCAGUUUUUCGCCGGUCCUGCCGUGCUGAGGGCUCCGAGCUGUGCUUUGGAUAACGUCGCAUUUGCUCUCGCCGUCGUGAGUGGCACCGGUCGCGCGCUUGUCGCGUUAAUGUCGUCACAUUUUCCUUCACGUCGCGAAUGCGCCGUACGACUUUGGCGUCUGACCAGGAGAAACGAGAAGCUCGAGAAAGGACGCCAGAUGCUUGAACCUAACCUCCAAGCACGAAGAUCGCCCCGAGGGAACACGCUCACAAUCGCGACUCGCGUUCAACGUCGUCUCCGUCCAGCCGAUUUAGUUACGUUGCGCUAAUCUCACAGCGAUUUCUCUCGAUGCAAUCGAUAUCGGUGUGUAUCACCGCGGUACAACAGGAAUGAACGACAGGACAGAGAAAGCGGGAAAGAACGAGUACUAAGAGUUUCUGCGUCUUCAUCGUGUGGAACUCUCCAGGAGGCAUCCCGCUUGUGUUGUGAGUGAUUGACCACGGGGCGAGGGGCAAGGGGCGAUGGAAAGGUGAGGGGAAGGCGAGCGCGGUACGGCAAAUGACAGUGCAGUGAGAGAGAAGGGCGAACGAUUCGUGGACAGAAAGAAAGGUUCUCAAGGCAAGCUGUAAAUCUUGACCUCGAAAGAAAAAAGAAGACACCGACCGUCCAUCCGGAUCUCCUGCGAAUGCAGAGCGAAUCGACCCGAGUUGGAAUUUUCCUAAAGAGCGAUAUCAUGGGAUUUUCCAACGUUACACGAAGAGAGUCACCAUCACAAAGAAAUAAAUUGCGAAAAUUGUUUCGCGUAAGAAGCGCCGCGCCUGUACAUCGUUCCUAAUUGACAGAUAGAGGAAGGAGCCGGGGGAAGGGGGGGGAGGUAAACUAGAGAGGAGAAUGAGAAGAGGGUCGGGUGGAAGACACGAAGCAACGUUCGAAAUUUACGAGUGAGUCGGUUUGCUUGCACGUCGUGGGGUUCAAGAUGGUGUCUAGGGGCGGUCGUGCGCCGUAACAAAUGGUUCAGCCGUGAACCGGCUCGCCAUGCAACGACACCGGAAACAGGCGGCAGCUAUCCGGUGAACGAGCGAGUAAACGAACUGGGAGAUCUGCAAGAAUUCGCGAGGACAAGGAUGUGAAGUUUGCCCGGCUGUCUCUCGCGUGGCGAAUUGUCCCGAGGCACGAAAGUCGAACGGGCGGGGUCGCACUCAUUUACAACGAAAUUUCCCGGAGACAAGAUGAUUUUGAAACGUCGACGAUGAGACAUCGUGCUUCUCGCGAUCAUGGCUCCGUGAGAGAACGCAUCGCGACAUCCUAAUACGCGUUUUGCGAGAACCGAGAGAUAUGACGAGGUGCCGCGUGACUCGACAUUGAGAUCUCGAUGACGAUUUAAUCCACGAUAACCCGGCCAGAUGGGUUAAAGGCGACUCGCGAUUGACGGCGCGAUCUCGUGCUGCUUACGAAAUGGCGAUCGUAACGUGCUCUCGAAAAUGCUGCAACAAGUGGUGUUCGGAUCUUUAAUUCUGAGACAUCAUCGAUGUUAUUCGACGGACAAACGAGAGAUUUUGAUCCGGAACCGAUCAGGUGUACGAGUAGUUGGAUCGAGAAUUUCGUAUAGAGAAACCGCCGUUGUGUCCUAGAACACGAUGCCAGUGGGAUUAAGCGCUUCUAAUGAACUUUGAAUCUGUUUCUCUUGUCUCGUGCACGAUCGUUUCGAAAUUUCUUCGUCAGGGUCCCAAUCGCCGGUCUAAGUAGAUUUAUUCCCGUCGAAGGAAAACGUUCGACCAACGCAUUGAGAGAUCGAGAGGUCCCAGUCCAAUUCUGUUAACUUCAUCAAAGGGCACUUCGUCGAUCGAAGGAUCGAAGGGUGAACAAAGAGUAGCCCGGAGCUGGGAUUUUAACUUGAUUCCUACCGUUAGCUUUCCUCGAAUUCGAGUACUUGGAUUUACCGAUAUCGCCCUCAUCAGGAAGAUACGUAGAAAUUAAAGUAAAUUUUAAUUUGUUAACAACAAUUUGUCCAAGCAAAAAAAUUAGUGUUAAUCUAAAUUAAUGCAUAAAUUAAUAUCGAAACGUUGCGCGAUUUAACGUUGCAUGCUAAUGCUCGAAGAAAGAACUGCAACCGCGAGUCCAUGGCGACGAAGGUGCUCCGUGCUGUGCAGACGAAAGAAAGACUCGUCGGAGAUCAUCGACGAUUUUUAGAACUGCUAUCUGACCUUUCGUCGGCGGAUCCGUUGACUAACGUAGCAACAGCGUUGUUCGCACGCCGCGGGCAAAUACGUCCCGUGACUUGUUCGAGGAGGAAGACUUCGCGAUAAUCCACGUCGAGACGCUGUCGCAUCCGCAGAGACGUCGUCGAAUGAGACGAUGGUGAUGAAGAUAUCCGCAAGCGAAGCUGGCGUUCCUUUACUAGGCGCCGUCGGUCCGCGCUACGUCGUCAAGCAGGCGACGGUGAAGCGCUGCGUCCUGGCACUGCUGCUCGUCUCCCUCGCCAGUAUAUUUUACUACACUCAUUACAUCAUCAGCAGUGGACCACUGUCCAGCUUAAUACACCGAGAUACGAGGCCAGAGCCAGCGAUACGAUGUUCGACUCUGAGAGGAGCGACCAGACUUCCGUCGGCACCAGACCAUCGCAGUGAAGCUCGAUUAAGGAUAGACCCGAAAGUGUUGGUCUUCGUAGAAACUCUAUACUCGAGGCUAGGUCGAGAGAUAGCUGAGCUACUAGUUUAUAAUCGAAUAAAGUACAAAGUGGAGGUGGCCGGUAAAUCUUUACCGGUGCUGACGAAUCUUGAUAAGGGUCGAUAUGGGGUGCUGAUCUUCGAGAAUCUAAAUAAGUACCUGCAGAUGGACAAAUGGAAUCGCGAGCUACUUGACAAAUAUUGCAGAGAAUAUUCAGUUGGCAUCGUGGGUUUUGCUCCUCCUGGAGAAGAGAGUCUAGUUGGUGCUCAGCUGAAGGGCUUUCCACUUUUUAUACAUACUAAUCUUAGAUUAAAGGAUGCUCAACUGAAUGCGGCGUCUCCCAUUCUUCGAUUAACCAGAUCGGGGGAAACGGCCUGGGGACCACUUCCUGGCGGCGACUGGACUAUUUUUCAGGCCAAUCACAGCACCUACGAACCGCUUGCUUGGGCGUAUCGAGACAGCCUCGACUAUCCGGCCAACAAAAGUCCCCUAGCUACCGUCAUCCAGGAUCACGGCAGAUACGACGGAAUUCAAAGAGUCCUUUUCGGCGGUGGCCUACGAUUUUGGCUGCACAAAUUGCUGCUGUUAGACUCGUUAUCCUACCUGUCGCAUGGGCAAUUGAGCCUCAGCUUAAAUCGUAUGAUCUUGGUGGACGUUGACGACAUAUUCGUCGGCGAAAAAGGUACCAGGUUGAGAAAAGAUGAUGUAAUGGCAUUGCUAGCCACUCAGCAGAGAAUUCAAGCUCUAGUGCCGGGGUUCAAAUUCAAUUUGGGGUUUUCCGGGAAAUAUUUUCAUCACGGGACAGCGGAGGAGAAUUUGGGGGACGACAUGCUUCUGGAGAACGUAGACAGAUUUACGUGGUUUUCCCACAUGUGGAAUCAUCAACAACCGCAUCUUUACGAGAAUGUAACUCAUCUACAAUUGGACAUGGCGUUGAACAAGCAAUUCGCAAAAGAUCACGGUAUACCAACCGGAAGCGGAUACAGCGUAAGUCCACAUCAUUCCGGCGUUUAUCCGGUCCACGAAGGCCUCUACGAGGCGUGGAAGCGAGUAUGGAACAUCAAGGUCACGAGCACCGAAGAGUAUCCACACCUGAGGCCAGCUCGCUUGAGACGUGGCUUCAUUCACCGUAACAUUAUGGUUCUACCGAGGCAAACCUGUGGCCUUUUUACUCAUACGAUUUUUAUCGAGAGGUAUCCGGGCGGAAGGGAAAAGCUGGACGAGUCGAUACAGGGCGGAGAACUUUUCCAAACGAUCGUAUAUAAUCCAAUAAAUAUUUUUAUGACGCAUAUGUCGAAUUAUGGAAACGAUCGACUGGCGUUGUACACUUUCGAGUCGGUGAUAAAAUUUAUUCAAUGUUGGACGAAUCUAAGGCUAUCUAGUGCACCGCCACUUCAACUUGGGGAACGUUACUUCCAGUUAUAUCCCGAGGAGGCUGAUCCAGUGUGGGGAAAUCCGUGUGAUGACCAGAGACAUCAGAAGAUCUGGUCUCGUAAUAAAACUUGUGAUCAAUUACCGCGAUUUCUAGUAAUUGGACCUCAGAAAACUGGCACUACGGCGUUAUACACAUUCCUAUCCAUUCAUCCAGCAAUAAGCAGCAAUUUGCCGAGUCCAGACACUUUUGAAGAGAUACAAUUUUUUAAUGGAAAGAAUUACUACAAAGGUCUCGAUUGGUAUAUGAGCUUUUUUCCAGCAUCGAAAAAUGAGAGUUCUCGAUAUCUCUUCGAAAAAUCUGCCACUUAUUUUGAUGGAGAAUUAGUACCGCGAAGGGCUCAUGCACUUCUGCCAAGAGCUAAGCUAAUCACUAUAUUGCUCUCUCCAGCUAGACGUGCUUAUUCAUGGUACCAGCAUACUAGAGUACACGGAGAUCCGGUAGCGAACAAUUACUCCUUCCAUGCGGUCAUCACAGCAAGUGAUUCUGCACCGAAACCUCUACGGGAUCUUAGAAAUAGAUGUUUAAAUCCUGGAAAAUACGCCCAACAUUUAGAGAGAUGGUUAUCAUUCUAUUUACCUCAACAAUUACAUAUUAUCGAUGGUGAACAGUUACGACAAAAUCCCGUAGAAACGCUGCACGAAUUACAGCGAUUUCUGAAAAUAACACCUGCCUUUAACUAUUCCUCGCACUUGAGGUACGAUCCGAAAAAAGGUUUCUUUUGUCAAGUAACUAACGAAGAUCGUACUAAAUGUCUCGGCAAAAGUAAAGGUCGGCAAUAUCCGCCAAUGGAAGAUAGAUCAUAUAAAUUAUUACAGAGAUAUUACUUGUCCCAUAACACGGCUCUAGUGAAAUUAUUAAAGCGGCUUGGGUCUAGAACGAUCCCACAGUGGCUGAAGGAAGAUCUCACCGACACUGUGAUGACCUAGCAAACGCCAAUUACGUGAAACUUUAAUGUUUCCCGGUUACUCGCUUCCGCUGUCAGCGAGAUACGUCGUUUGCUAAUGGAAGACUUGUAAAGUAAUUGUACAUUUAAAAUUCUACUGGAUUUCACAUCUUCAAGAGGAAGGACCAUGCUGGCCUAUCGCAGACUGGCCUAAUCUAACUGGAAACCCUGCAGAAGCUAGUCAUAUAAGCGACUUUAUGAAAUCAAAGUUGUAAUUAUUGACUUUUGUUAAACUAAUAAUAUUAGUUUUUUAUUAUUAUCU